AUGUCUGACUCGGAAAAGUUCCCUUCCCUUCCCCCUGCUGAUGCUGAGGGGGGCCAAGGGACAGAUCCGGAGCACAGUUUGAACAAAAGGACCAAUUCGGAAACACUGGCCCCAGAAGAGGCCAGUGUAGGACCAAGUAUCUCAUCAUCCCAACGCUGGCGGACUGCAAGCCAGCGGAUUCGGAACCGUGCUACCACCAUCGCAGAGAGGCUUGGCCGCCCCCCCGAGAGAGAUGCAGAUGGCUUAGAUGCCCCGAUGCUACCGGAGCACUACGGGGCAACCGACGAUAUCCGAAGCUAUGAGGCUCGGCAAGCAACCGAUGAAGAGGAGCUGCUGCCCGGGACCGACUUCAAUGCGCAAGCGCGUCUGUUGGUGGAACGAUUGGGGCUAGAGAACGUCCCGAGACCACCUCGCAUCGAAGAGCCCCAUUCCGGUGCCACGACCCCGGGCACCCCAGAGGGGAUGGCAAGCACUGGUGGUCCACCAGGAGGUCUUCUGUCACAGCUACUUCGUGUCUACGCCAACAACAUGCAAACAGCAAGCCGUAUGAGCCUCGUUUCCACGUCGUCAGAGACAGACAUGGAUACGGAGACUCUGGCACCGUCCGUUGCACCGUCCGGUACGGCGACUCCAGGUGGAAAGAAAGACAAGCUGAAAUGGUACAACAAUGGCCACAAACCCACCAAGUCAAAUCACAGCUACACUUCUUCUCUGAUUCAAGCAUCCAUGGACAUGGGACGAGUCGGUGUCCCUAAUGCUACAGGACCGCCUCCCGUGAACCCCAAACAGCGCAAGAAAGAGAAACGCAAGAGCAAGAAGGACGUCAGACUCACUGUGCACAUUGCACAACUUCUGGCACGCCAGCAGUAUAUCAUGCAACUUUGCCGAGCGUUGAUGAAAUAUGGUGCUCCCACUCACAGACUGGAGGAGUAUAUGACAAUGACCUCCAACGUGCUGGAUAUCAAGGCUCAAUUCCUCUACAUCCCAGGCUGUAUGUUCAUGUCCUUUGAUGACCCUCUGACUCGGACUGCGGAGGUCAAAAUCAUUCGCGUAAUCCAGGGACUUGACCUGUCCCGGCUCGCCGAGACACACAAUGUGUACAAAAACGUCGUACACGAUGUCAUUGGCGUCGAGCAAGCGACCCAAGACCUGGACCAAAUCAUGCAGCGCAAGCCGCGCUACAACCGUUGGAUGCUGGUAUGCUUGACCGGACUGGCAAGUGUGGCCGUCGGUCCCUACUCAUUUAGCGCACGUCCAGUCGACCUUCCCAUCAUCUUCAUCCUUGGAUGUCUAGUAGGCCUGAUGCAACAUGUCCUCGCCCCCACCUCAGCAACCUACUCGAACGUCCUUGAAGUAUCCGCCGCAAUUCUGACAUCCUUCCUUGCCCGCGCAUUCGGCAGUAUCCAUCGCAACGGCACCCCCAUCUUCUGCUUCUCGGCAAUGGCUCAGUCCUCCAUCGCAAUGAUUCUUCCCGGGUUCGCGGUUCUCAGCAGCAGUCUCGAGCUCCAGUCCCAUCAAAUGAACGCCGGUUCCAUCCGCAUGGUCUUCACAAUCAUCUACUCCCUAUUCCUCGGUUAUGGCGUGACAGUCGGCACAACCAUCUACGGACUAAUGGACAGAAACGCAACCACAGCAUCGACAUGCUCUGGCCUUCCAGAAGUCUGGGGGAAUGAAUACAUUCAACGAUUCCCAUUCGUCGCACUCUUCUGCCUCUUUGCUGCUUUGAUCAACCAAUCCAAGGCCAAACAGCUCCCCGUUACUAUCACCAUGGGCGUGUGCGGGUACAUCGCGAACUACUUCAGCACGAAAAAACUCGGCGCAAACCAAGUCGCUAAUACCAUUGGUGCAUUCACGAUCGGUCUUUUGGCCAAUCUGUAUAGUCGAGUAUGGCACGGCCAUGCUGCGGCGGCCAUUAUCCCGGGUAUUUUCACACUUGUGCCGUCUGGUCUUGCGUCCAGUGGAUCCAUCAUCUCUGGCUUGGAGUAUGCCGAGGCUGUCAAGUCUGGUAACAUUACCAGUACCAAUUCCGGGGCUACGAGUAAUAGCUCACUUACCUCCCUUGGUUAUGGUAUGAUUCAGACUGCUAUUGGUAUCUCGGUUGGCUUGUUCGUGUCGGCUUUGAUUGUGUACCCUUAUGGGAAGAAGAGGAGUGGAAUCUUCAGUCUUUAA